AUGGAUUAUAGUGUGGUGUAUGCGCCUGGUCCUUACACUAUACGGAUCCAAGGUCAAACCCACCAUAGAAUUGGCUCGCUUAUACCGCAACAAGGCCGUCUCCCAGAAUAUCUCCAGCUUUAUAUUUUUGAUACGGGAAACGAAGUCAGAAACCGCUUAAAUGCAAUGGGGCAAACCUCAACAGAAGGUAAUCUCGAUGAGACAACCUUAGGGCGCCUCAUCGAGAUGAUUGACGAGAAUAAUUGUUUAGCUAGGAUUUUUCGACGGGCACGUGACCACUACGAAAGAGUCGGGACAGAGUUUGCAAUUAGGUUGCUCCCAGAUAAAGGGAAGGGGAAAGAAUAUGAUCUUCCGAGUACGAGUGAGGUGGCAGGCCUUAUCGUAGGGGAUAUAUCAUCAACAAUUGGAGUACGAGAUAUAGUGGUCCAAUUUCAAUAUGACACUUUACAGCAGAUACGUGAUGAUCACCCUCUAUACAUGAGCUUACAAUAUCCUCUUUUGUUUCCAUAUGGUGAGUAUGGCUUUCACCCAGAGAUCCCACUACAUCUUCAGACAGACACUUCAAGAACAAGGCAAUUCCUAACCAUACGCCAAUACUACACUUCUCAAAUCCAGACAUGUCUUAACCAAGGGAUGACAUUGAUUAAAGGAGGUCGUCUCCUCCAUCAAUUUGUUGUGGACGUUUAUACGGCAAUUAAAGAAGAUCGACUUAGGUGGGCGAGGAAUAAUCAAGAUGUCCUGAGAGCCGAGCUCUACAGUAAUGUCCUUGAUGCUGUAAGCAAAGGUGACACUGAUGCUAAAAUUAUUGGUCAGAGGUUUAUACUGCCGCCAAGUUUCACCGGUAGGCCCCGGUACUUAGUUGAGAAAUACCAUGAUGCGAAGGCUAUUUGCAGAGAAUUUGGCAAUCCAGAUUUGUUUAUCACAAUGACUGCCAAUCCUAACUGGAGAGAGAUUAAAGAGCAUAUUGGGAAAUAUGGUGGAGAUUCUCCCAAUGAUAGACCAGACAUUGAAUGUCGGGUCUCUAAAAUGAAGUUAGAGCAGCUACUCAAGGAUUUCAAAAAACUCCUGAAGAAGUACGAAGCUCAUAUUAAUGCUGAAUGGUGUAAUCGUACAAGCGUAGUGAAGUACUUAUUCAAGUACAUAACCAAGGAUGUUGACAGAGCAACAACUGUUAUUGAGAAAGAAAAGAAGGCAACUACAUCUGACCCAAUGGCCUUUGGCGAAUCAAAGGAUACAAAGACUACGUCGAAGCCCGAUAUUUAUCAGCUUAAGGUUAGAGUUUGCACAGACACUACAAGAAAACAGCGACAUACUGAGGGAAAAAAUCUUUGUACUAAAGUGUGGACUGAACGUAAGAAAGGCAAAACCAUUGGGAGAAUCGUAGCUGUUCAUCCAUCAGCAGGUGAUCGUUACUAUCUAAGGAUCCUCAUAAAUAAGAUCAAGGGUCCUAGAAGUUAUGACGAGCACAAAACAUACAACAAUGUGAAAUAUCCUGACUUCAAAUCAGUUUACUACGCACGCGGCUAUUUGGAAAAUGAUGUUGAAUGGCACGAGAGUAUGUCAGAGGGUGCUAGAUGGGCUACCCCAUACCAACUCCGCUAUAUGUUUGUCACAUUCCUAAACAACUGCUUCGUUACGAGUCCUAAAAACCUAUGGAAAAUCUCAUGGAGAUCAAUGAGCGAGGACAUACUUCACAAGAGGCUGAGAAUCUUAGGUCAUACAAAUCUGGAGCUGGAUGAUAAGACCCUUGAGCAAUACACAUUAAUCGAAGUGGAAAAGUUGAUGCGCAUGCAUGACCGCUCAUUGAGUGAUAUUAAAGAGAUGCCAAAAAUCAAACCUGUUUUGCUAAAAGAACUGGGAAACAAUUUGUGGAACAAAGAACUGGAUUACGAUGUUGCCGAGGAAACACUAAGACAUGACAUGCAAUUCAACAAACUUAAUGCUGAUCAACAUGCGAUUUACGAAUCAGUCUUAGACUCUGUUGAUAAAAUGGAUGGGAAGCUAUUCUUUGUAUAUGGUGCAGGUGGCACAGAGAAAACAUUCCUAAACCAAACCAUUAUAUCCAGGAUUCGAUCAAGAAAACAAAUAGUUCUGCUGGUUGCCUCUUCAGGAAUAGCCGCAUUGUUGCUACCUAACGGUAAAACAUCGCAUUCACGCUUCAGUAUCCCUUUAAAUCUCACCGAAGAUAAGCUCUGCAACAUCAAACCAGGAACAAUGCUGGCUGAGCUAAUCGAGAAAACGGAUCUUAUAAUUUGGGACGAAGCACCUAUGACACAUAAUCAUGCUUUUGAGGCACUGGAAAAAAAUGUUGAAAGACAUAAUGUCUAG